CCUUUUUGGUUUUUGACACUUUUCGUUUUCGGUUUUUCCCCCAUGAAAAUAUUGGAGAAUGUCAACCUCGACGCGCUGGGCUCCAGUCUCAGUGUCGUGCGUGGCGACAAGCGUAUGGUUGGACGUGUUGAGAGCUACUCGUGCAAGCUAGCGGGCACGGACAAGAAGCAGUACAAGCAGAACUUUACCGCCGAAUACACCGAGCCAGAGCACAUCCUGGCAUUCUCACCGCCGCAGAGCAUGUCCGUGUCGCCCCUCUCGCAGUUCAACGAGCUGUGCUACGAGUCGUGCAACCGCAAAACACUCUUCUACCUGAUUGCCGUGCUCAACUCGGCCUUCCCCGAUUACGACUUUUCGACACUCAAGUCGCACAACUUUAGCAAAGAGCGAUUCGACAUGGUCUCCAACUACAUCAACUCGACCCUGUCCACCGAGCUUCAGGACGAGUGGGUGGCCAUCGCCGCCAAGUUCUGGUCCUCCAUCGACGCCGACGUUGCUCUCCGAGACUGUGCCAUCUACUCGUACGUGCCCGAGACGGACGCCGACAACCCAUUCGCGGAGGAUGGCAACCUAUGGUCGAUGAAUUACUUCUUCUACAACCACAAGCUCAAGCGAAUCGUGUUCUUCUCAUGCAGAUGUUUGAGUGUCACCGCACCUUGUCCGGAAGACGAAAUGGCUUCAUGGGGAGAGGAGGAUGAGUUUAUGGAACACUAUGAAGCGGACGAUGAGCCAUCAAGUGGAUACUAUGGAUCGAACAACACGGGCUACCCAGUCUACUGAUUUGGGUUUUUCUCAGUUCGUGUGUCAGAAAUCGUUAGAAAUUUCUUACUUCUGCUCGAUUGACCGUGAUGUGUAGUGCUUUUUUUGUGGUUUCUUUGCUUUGUUUUUGUUCUUUCCUUUCGAUUGUUCGAUUCCGACCGUGUGCAUUCUUCGCUUGUGUGUUGUUUCCCUGAGUUGCCUUGUUUUGCCUUAUUGCUUUGAAAAUUUUGAAACAUUCUGAAAAUGUCAAGCAUGAUUUUGC